AUAAUUGUCAAUAACCGAAAUGAUGUUUUUAGUAAAAAAAAAUGCCUCUUAAAAAAAAAAAAUCAAAAGCGCAGUGGCAAAGUAGUUAAUUCAGCACGGAAUCGUGGCUCUACUAAACAAAAUCCUCGGCUGACCAAACUCUCCUGGUCGACUCCGAACUGUUCUUCAUCUCUCUCCAGCUUCGGCGAACUUUUCUCUCCGGCCGCCAACGGUGAGAAACUAGGAGCAGCAAAAGAAGCUGGUUCUCCUAUUAUCCAGUCACACCUUCUAACUCUAAUGGGAAAUUGUUUUGGCAAGGAAGGGAAAGAUGCUGAUCUUCAAGAGGAGGUAGACUUCAAAGGUGGAAAUGUGCAUGUAAUAACUAGCCAAGAAGGCUGGGACCAAAAAAUUUCUCAAGCAAAAAAUGAUGGAAAGAUAGUCGUAGCAAAUUUUAGUGCUACAUGGUGUGGGCCAUGCCGACUGAUGGCACCUGUUUAUACAGAGCUGUCUGAGAAGUAUCCUGCACUGAUGUUUUUGACAAUAGAUGUCGAUAAGUUAUCAGAGUUUAGCUCAUCAUGGGACAUCCGAGCAACUCCGACUUUCUUUUUCGUGAGAGAUGGGCAACAAGUGGACAAGCUCAUCGGCGCCAACAAAAUUGAGUUGGAGAAGAAGAUAGUCACUUUCAUCGAGCCCUCAGUUCGAUGAUCCAAGACUCAAAUCUACGAUGAGAAAGUAUAUUAUUAUUCCUCGCUCUCAUGUCUUACCGUUUGAGUGUUUGUGUGAUGAAUGUGUUGACUACAAACUGUAAUAAUUCUCCUCUCAGAAUCAAGAACUUUAGUGUGCAAAAUA